AAGUGAUACACUAACGUGAAAAAAAUCACUAUGAAAAAAUUUACGUUCCAUUUAUUUCUUUUAUUUCUAGUUGUUCUCAAAACAAAUGUUGCAUUCGACCAUAGAACAAAACGGUUUUUGCCAUUUGUUCGCCGAAAUUCUGCAGUUGUGCAGAUUAUUGCAGGUGUUGGUCUUCCCGUCGAUCUCGAACUAGAGGCGGUGACAAUGGGAUUCGUAUUCAAAUCUGGUUUCAUUUUGCCGAUGAAUGCGACCGAUUUCUGGGCCGUUUUUUCUGAUCCAUUCGAUGUGAGCACGCAUCCAAUCACAACCUUUAACAAACGUUCAAUUCACGAGAAUAUCGAUGAUUCAGCAUCGACUGGAUACGACAGUGAACAACAUGAACAAUAUGAAAGACAUCAAAUAGAAGCCGAAGUUGUAGAAAGUGGUACCGAGUCCAACAGCAUUGACAGUUCAGAUGACAUCAAUAAUUAUGCAUCAACACGUUGGCUAGUCUACAAGGGAUUGGCUGAAAUUGCAGAAAACAAUGGAAUGCCUGGAAAGCCGUGUGUUUUGAGAAGUAUUUGCGAAUCGGCCCACACAUCUUUUGACCAUUCAAAUGGAAUCCUUGGAGAGCUAUUUCAUGUCGUCAUGACACCCUCCUCCACAAUUGAUCCGAUCACCAAAUAUGAAGACAAUGAAUAUUUAUAUGCGGAAAAAAUCGGAAAAGAAGGCGUACCAUGUGAACAUAUAUUUAAUGAGUGUAAAAUGUCUAUAUUGGAUCAAUUUACUGGGAUUUACUCAACCAAACCAAACGCAUUGUUCGCAUGAUUUCGGAAGAUCAAAUCGCACGUGAUGAACGGAUCAAUCUCAGAAAACAACUACCUCUGAAUUUAUAUUUAAAAAAAAUCGAUUU